CAGCAUGAAGACGGAAAGAAGGUGCACAGGGCCUGAUGGCAGGGUGUAAACAAACAUAUUAAAGUAUAGGGAAAUCAUUGCAUAAUUUUUUUUGCCACAGAAUGGAUACCAAAAAUGCUUUCCUUCUUGGCAGCACAGCCGCUGCCGUUAUGGCUGGUGUCUACAUCUUAUAUGGUCCCUCAGAAAGAAAGUCGAAGCUGAAAAAAGACACCUGUCCGGGGCUGAGGAACUUAGGCAAUACCUGUUUCCUGAAUGCUGUCCUGCAGGCCUUGGCACCAUGCUACUACACUGUACAGUGGCUGGGGGACUUUGUGGACAAGAGGAUUAACAAGGGUUACACACAGUGCAUCGCUUUUGCGCUCAUUAAAAUACUGAAAGUUCUAAAUAACCAAGGGGACACAGAACAUACAAACAGUGCAUUGGAAGUUGUGGAAAAUUUGAGACUUAGGCGUUGGGUCAUACCACCUACAGAAGAGCAGGACUCUCAUGAGCUGUUCCAUGUACUAACAGAAACAUUGGAAGAAGAGAGUACCAAGUACCCAAGUGUUGUGUCUAUCUUUGAUGUCAGUAGCAUUUAUGAUUCUAAUAUAAAGUACCAACCAAAAGGCAGAGCAGCUACAAGAUGCCAGGGCCUGCUACCCAUUAUCCCCUGCAGAGAUUCUGAGCAUCCAUUUAGAGGACUCCUUGCUAGUCAGCUACAGUGCAAGUUAUGCGGUUACAAGAAUCCAGUGAGAUAUGAUAAAUUUGACAGCUUGUCUCUUAGCAUUCCUCCUAACCAGUAUGUCUGGGUACCUGUGACACUAGAUCGCCUCCUUCGUCACUAUGUGAUGUCUGAGUAUGUGCAAAAUGUUGAGUGUCAGGGUUGUGCCAAGACAUUACAUGGCAACAUAUCACAAUGUCACAAUAGCAAACCACUCCCCAAAGCCACCUUUAUGAAGAGACUUACUAUUGGAAAACUGCCCCAGAAUCUAUGUAUCCACAUACAGAGAACAAUAUGGCUGAACAAUGGCAUGCCUAUGAAGAGAAAUGAUCAUGUUGAAUUCCCAGAGGUACUAGAUAUGAGUCCAUAUGUGUACCACAAGAGGAAGGCCCCAGACCUAUCUGUAGGGUUGGCAAAUGGGCUGUUUGGUCUGCAGGGUGGUAGCUUGUUCAAUAACAGACAGAAAUUCAACUCAGCACCAAAACCAGCUGUGUCCAACAUGAAGAAAAAUAUGGGAAACAAUCCACUAAUGACACCCAUUACUCAGCAAACAAGCUGUGAACAGCAAACAAACCAAAGAAACUCCCCCCAGAGUGAAAUGGCAAAAACUGAACUCCAGUUAAAUGAUACAUGUUAUACUGAAAUAGCUGCCAGUUGUUACACUGAGUUCAGUGUAAAGCAACCGAAAGAAACUGAUCUAAAUAAGUCCAAGACAGAAGUGGAUGUGAGUGUCAGUAGAGGGACAUUGGAGGAGUGUGAUCUCAAUCAGAGUACAGAUGGUGAUGAAAGCUGUGAAACAGAUAAGUCCGUGCAUGAAAAAUCCCUGCAAAGCGUUGUGAAACCUUCUGACAACCUUAAUAUAGUAGAGAUAGUAGAAGAUGAAAAAAGAAAUACUGAGGCCAGAACAGAGAUGGAUAUUGCUCAACCAAAGUCAGAAAUUGCUUGGUCAAAGAAGGAAAAUGCUCAAUCACCUACUCUAAAAGAGAAUUCAAAAUUUUUGGGGUCCCAAGAUAAUAUCAAAUUCCAUCUCCAGAGACAGGAAAGCAGUCCAGACAGCAAAUACAGGCUAGUGGCAGUGGUGGUUCAUUUAGGAGAUGUGUUUUCUGGACAUUUUGUUACAUACAGACGAGCCCCAUCUGGCUGUGGUCAGAGACAUAAUGAAAAAUGGUUGUAUACGUCAGACGAACAUGUCUCUAGAGCAUCUCUUCAGUCAGUACUGCAAGCAGAAGCUUAUUUGUUGUUCUAUGAAAGAUUUUAAGUGCACAUUUUCAAUUUUAUUUCAUCAUCUGUUUUAAUUUGUCCUUAUGCAGCUGGAUAGUUUCCUCAUAUGGCAUUUAUUUACUCACCUUUUUAAACCACAAUGGUGAUAAUGAAAUUGUAUGAUAAAUGAAGUGUCACGUUGGAGUGUUUCCUUAUGAUUAAUCAAUGUAAUUUUUCUGCCGGCCCGUGAUCUAGCCCAUUUUUCGUAUUUUUUAAAUUGUUUGAUAUGUCGUAUCUUAAGGAAUCGUAUGAACUUUCUCAUGGGUAUUUAAAACGAUGUUAAAGAUAAAGUACAGGGAUAUUUAAGGACAAGAGUUUUGACACUCAUUUCUUUUAUCUGUCAUUCCAGCGUAUUGAUAUUCCAGUGCCACGUUGGAUGAAAGUAUAAUUUAUGUGCAAUGUA